CUCGUGUGCCCGCUGUGCCACGCACAGUACGAGCGCCCGUGCCUGCUGGACUGCUUCCACGACUUCUGCGCCGGCUGCCUGCGCGGCCGCGCCGCCGACGGCCGCCUCGCCUGCCCGCUGUGCCACUUCUCCGCAGACACCAGACGGUGGUGAAGGGCCCCAGUGGCCUCCCUCCAGUGGAUCGGCUGUUGCAGUUCCUGGUGGACAGCUCAGGGGAUGGCAUGGAGGUGGUGUGCUGUGCCAACUGCGACCUGGAGUGCAGCAAGCAGGCAGGGCGCCUGGGCAGGGGGCGGGGAGCCGAGGGUGUGCGGCUGCACGGCUCUGAUGCUGCAGUAUGCGCCCAACAUGUCCUCAGAGGACUACCCAUCAGUGGAUUCUCCAGCACCUCUCUAAGGCACCCUGGAUCCCAAAUGUGGGCCCCAUUUUACAGAUGGGGAGACUGGGGCCCAGAACAAGUGGCUUGAGCCAAUAGCCAGAUGGCGACAGAGGUUCAAGCCAUGUAAUUUGGGGAGCGCUUACUGGUCCCCAAUUCAGGGUGGAGUUGUGAACUGGCACAGGAAGGGCAGUCCAGUGCUGGUCCUUGAGGGUCCACUGUGCACAGCUGCCUACAGCCCAAGGGGAAGGGAGGACAGUGUGCUGGUGGGGAUCAGCAAUCUGCCCCUGAGUCUAGGAAAGCCAAGAAGCAGAGUCUGGGCUUUGGGCUGGGCUGUGAAGGGCACCUGGGACUCUGGCCUAUGGAGGCUGGCUGGGGUAUUCUGAGUCCUGGGAGGAUGGCCCUUUAGGAGCAAAAGCUCAAGGUGUGCUGGGCAAGUGCUGGGAUAUGUGUGACACAGAGUCACAGGUGACCUCCAGGAGGUAGGGAGAGCAGGGGAGAAAAUGGCCUUGAAUGCCAAAGUAAGAAGCUGGGGUCUGUGCUUUCAUAGCCCUUGCUGGGGUCAAUGCCACAGCUAUAGCCCAAGUCCUGGACUCAGCCCUGGGUCUGGCCUGGGGAAGGGAACCAGCAGGCCCUCGUUCCCUUUCCCCUCCCAGCCAAGUUUUGACUCCAGAUGGCCAAGGGGAGCACUGACAUUUGGUUACUAUUGAGGGUGCCAAGGGGGGCUUGAGAAAUCUUCACACACACACACACAUUUCUGUUGUAGGUAAAAUGUUUUGCCAAUGCAGUUUCUGCGCUGCCUCCACACCCACCCCGUGUAACCACCUCCCAAGCCCAUUCGGGGUUCUGCCCCUCCCUGGACCUACUUACCUACUCUUUGAACCUCGGUGUUCUCGUCUGUAAACUGGGUAUAUUAGAGCGCUGGGCGUCGGGAUUGCAUGAAAGGGCUGCAUUUGGCCACGUACCUUACCGGGCUGGGACCGAGGCGCGCAAUGACAUGCAGAGGCUGCAGUUUCCAAGCGGCCCCUGGGCGGGCUGAGCCCCAGGUCUGUCUGCAGGACGCAGAGACCACGUACUUCUGCAACACGUGCGGGCAGCCGCUGUGCGCGCGCUGCCGCGACGAGACACACCGGGCACGCAUGUUUGCGUGCCACGACAUCGUAGCACUGGGCCAGCGCAGCCGCGACGUGCUUCCGAAGUGCACGCUGCACGCCGAGCCCUACAUCAUGUUCUCCACGGACAAGAAGUCGCUGCUGUGCAUCUGCUGCUUCCGGGACAUGCAGGGGGAGAGCCGGGCCCACUGCGUGGACCUCGAGUCGGCGUACGUGCAGGGCUGCGAGCGGCUGGAGCAGGCGGUGCUGGCCGUGAAGGCCCUGCAGACGGCCACGCGGGAGGCCAUCGCGCUGCUGCAGGCCAUGGUGGAGGAGGUGCGCCGCAGCGCCGCCGAGGAGGAGGCUGCCAUCCAUGCCCUCUUCGGCAGCAUGCAGGACAAACUGGCAGAGAGGAAAGCGCUGCUGCUGCAGGCUGUGCAGAGCCAAUAUGAAGAGAAGGACAAGGCCUUCAAGGAGCAGCUCGCCCACUUGGCCACUCUGCUGCCCACCCUGCAGGUUCACCUGGUCAUCUGCUCUUCCUUUCUCAGCUUGGCCAACAAGGCCGAGUUCCUGGACCUGGGCUACGAGCUGAUGGAGAGGCUGCAGGGCGUCGUCACCCGGCCGCACCGCCUCCGGCCGGCGCAGAGCAGCAAGAUCGCCAGCGACCACCGCGCUGAGUUCGCGCGCUGCCUGGAGCCGCUGCUGCUGCUGGCACCGCACGGGGCGGCAGGUGCCGGGGGUGGCCCCCACACGCUAGCAGGGGGCUCAGGCCCCAAGGUGCUGAUGGGGCCCAGCUGCCCUUCCCCGGUGGGAAAGAUGUUGAAGUCGCCAGUCCAAAAGCCCACGCUGCACCGGUCCAUUAGCACCAAGGUGCUGCUGGCCGAGGGCGAGGAUACACCCUUCACGGAACACUGUCGCCACUAUGAGGACUCUUACCAGCCUGGAAGCCAUCCCUCUGAGUCCCUGGCAGUGGACACAGCCUGCAGGAACCACAGGUGCUCACACGGGCUCUCUGCACAGCGCCUGCAGACGGAGAUGCAGAACCUGAAGGACCAGGUGCAGGAGUUGCACCGGGACCUCACCAAGCACCACUCGCUCAUCAAGGCCGAGAUCAUGGGAGACAUCCUGCACAAGUCCCUGCAGGUGGAUGCGCAGAUCGCCUCGGAGUACACUUCCGUGGAGGGCAUGAGAGCGGUCUUCCAGGAGAUUUGGGAGGAAUCCUCCCAGCGGGUGGCGAACGAGCAGGAGAUUUAUGAAGCCCAGCUCCAUGACCUUCUCCAGCUGAAGCAGGAGAAUGCCUACCUGACCACCGUCACCAAGCAGAUCACGCCCUAUGUUCGUUCCAUCGCCAAGGUGAAGGAGCGGCUGGAGCCCAGGUUUCUGGCACCCGCGGAUGACCAGUCAGAGCAUCCACAAAACAUGUAUGAGGACAGCGUGAGCGGCGAUACCCAGGCCAGGAAUGAUCCGGUAAGUGUCACGGAAAAGAGGGAGAAGACCUCAGAGCCUAGAGCAAACAGCCGGACUCCGAACAGCCUCACAGAAGAGCCUCCACUGAAAAAUAAAGAUCCUCACAGACCCAAACCAAGAAGCGGGGGUGACGUCCCCACACGGAGAGAGCGCCCCACUUAGCAGAUAGGACUGGUCCCAGGGGGUUGGGCAUUUUACAACACAUACAUCACCACCACGACGUUUAAGAGGAGGUUGUUUCCAUCACCAUCAUGUGUUGAAAGGGGAGUCAUUUAUCAGCCCAGAAGCCCAGAAGCCCUCUGGCAGGCCCAAGUUCAGAUUCUUCAGCGUGGGCUAAGCUUCGUUUUCCCUGUGUCCACAUCCUGUGAAGUCUUGGUCCUCAUCACACUGACCUGGGACGCAGUGCCCGUCCACACGGAAAACGUGACAUGAGCGAACAUCCAGCCUCAAGCCCCUUGCUCACCCGGCGUCUCCCUAGUGCAGAGCGCCGGGUGGGCACGCUCCCGUCAGGCAGGGCGGGUCUGAGUCCCAGAAAACAAGACCCCAGCUCGGGGCGGCACCUGCCGUGCCUCCCAGCGAUCCAGCUUCCCCGAAUCACAGCCCCACUGUUAGCCGGGGCAUCGCUGGCAAGGUCCACCCAGUAAUCUGAGCACUGACUCGGCCAAAGGGAAAACCUUCGCUCCAGCUUUUCUCCCUUUCCGGCAAAGGCCGAGCGUGGAAAGCAGAGGAGCAGCGGCGCAGCGGCGGGCACGUGCAUGGCAGGAGACGGUGACCAUCGCCACUUCUCCACUGCUUUCCCAGACUGCCAUCCUCUCCUGUGCUCACCAUCUAUCGAGAGUAGAGCACGAUUCUGCAGCAACUUUUCUCUAGUUUUCCAUUCCUACACAGUAUCCUGUUUAUCGAGUGCAACUUAAUAAAUGCUGAAAAAGGAAAA